UUGUGUUCAUUUUCCUCGACUAAAUCAAUAUGCGGCUUUUGAUAUUUUGCAUUGAAGCGAGGAACGACAGCAUUGAGUAACCGGUUUAAAUACCACUACCAAUUGUGAUAUUCAGUGUUGUGACACGAACGCUUCAGCUAGUCUAUACUCUCACAAUACCGAGCGACAAUCACUGGAAGGCUCUGCUCACAACUCGCUCGGCAAGCUGCGAACAGGUGAUCAUCCUUCGAGUAGCGAGACACCGGGUUAAGUGAGAAAGCUUAGUACGUGACGGACGUUACAGGUUUAACAGCUGUCAACACCUUGCACAUCACUAACAUCUCUGUGAGUGCAGCAGUCACAGCAGUUUAUGGACCGUGACAUUGAGAGUUGACGCAGCUGAUUUUGAAUGUUGCGAGGACCAAGAUCAAGCACAAAAGACAGCACAGCAGUGAGGUGAAACACCUUUUCCAGUUAUGAGAUGAUAGAUAUUUGGUGUUUUGCUUUUGUGGAUGGCCGCUGAAGAGACAGACAUUGAAAAAGUGGACAUUGUGAAUAUCACAGACUUACUUUGAUAUCUUCCUGGAAGUCUUUGGAAGAGUGGAGAGCAAAUUAUUAAAAACAUUUUUUAAGAAUUUGUAUUCCGAUCUUCCUACAAACCAUAUUCCAGUGUUAGAAAUUGGCGCUAGUCCUGUAGUCCGUGCCAAACAGCACAAUAGUUAAGGUAUCAUAAGGACUAGUAAAAAAAAAUAUUUCUAAGGGCUUGCUACAUGUUAUCAUUAUAAGGCCUAGUAGACUGAAAAUGUUAGUUUCUACCGCUGUCGUUCCAUACAAUAUUGUACAAGCAUGACAUAUUGUUCAGAAACCAAUUAAGCGAUGGUUACAAAAAUUCAUAAAAUUAAACCAAAGACCCUUCCAGCAAAUAUUUCUGUUCAAACUUUAACCAUUUAAUUCUCAAUAUUCUCACUAGUACAUAUUUGACCACCAGAUGUAUAGCCAAAUUGAGCAACUUUAGGGAGAGUGUUCCCGAAGUGAUCGGAACCUUUUAUCGGGGUUUUCUACUUUUGGACUUGUUCAACUGUGGCACCAAGAUGUAUGUGUGUGACAACUGUUCCACUGUGAGGAUUCUGAAGGUGUUCCUAGUGAUCUGCCUGUCUCUAGUGUUGCUUCAAUACCUCAUCAAUCUUGCCACCUACAGCUAUGUGACCAAGUUCCUCAAAGAUGACAGCUAUGGUAGUCAUAACCGAUCAGCUAUUGGACUGUUUUUCCCAGAUGUGUCAGACUUUUUCAAGAAUUUGCAAUCAGUUCAAGAAAAGAAUGUGACAAGAAGUGCAUCAGAGAACUUGACAUUGCCAUCAGAACCUGCCAAUAUGACGGAAAUUGUGACAAACAUUCCUUCUGGAAAGGACGAUAUUGGGAAUCUCUGUCCGUUGGUUCCACCGACACUAGUGGGGGCACUAGCAACCUAUAAGGAGGUUCUAUCCUUUGAGGAGAUGCAGAAGAAAUACCCAGAGCUUCAGGCUGGAGGCCGAUAUAAGCCCCCGGAUUGCAAGUCACGGCAUCGUGUAGCCAUCAUUGUCCCCUACAGAAACAGGGAAGAUCAACUGAAAAUUCUGCUCAACAAUCUGCACCCCGUACUGGAGAGACAGCAGCUGGACUAUGCAAUCUAUAUCACAGAAAUGGCCAUGCCCACGACCUUCAACAGAGCCAUCCUGAUGAACAUCGGCUACACAGAGGCAUUGAAGGACUACGACUUCCAGUGCUUCAUCUUCCACGACGUGGACCUCAUCCCGGAGAACGACAGGAACCUGUACACGUGUCCGGAGAACCCACGCCACAUGUCGGUGGCCAUCGACAAGUUUAAUUACAAAUUGCCAUAUGCUGCCAUCUUUGGAGGCGUGUCAGCCUUGACCAAGGAGCACAUGAUCAAAGUCAAUGGAUUCUCAAAUAAAUACUUCGGCUGGGGUGGCGAGGAUGAUGACAUGAUGAAAAGAAUACAGUUGAGUGGUUUAAAGUUGAGUCGAGCACCAAUAGAAUUAGCUCGAUAUAAGAUGAUAAAACAUGGCCGGGACAAAGCCAAUGAAGUGAACAAACAGAGGUUUAAUCUCUUAUAUGCUGCAUCCAAGAGGGCGAAGAAGGAUGGACUGAAUUCCCUCAAGUAUGAAGUCGUGAAAAAGGAAUACAAGCCAACGUAUACGUGGGUGUACGUCCAGGUCAACCAGAAGGAGAUCAUGAAGAGUUAACAAUGAUACGUUGACAGCUGACAUCUGUUGCCCUACAUGAACUAACAAAUUUCCAAUGUGAGAAGUCCCUGGGAUCCCUGCUGGAAGACUGUGUGUGUUUCAAGGUGAUUGUGAUAUAGAUACACAUGACUGGAUGGUGUCGGGUGUACUGAACUGUAAUCUGCAUGUAUGCAAUGUUUGUAGAUGUGUCACAUUGGAUGACUUGUCAAAUAAUUAAGUUGUAAGUGAAAACACUGUGAAGAGAUUUCACACGAUCUGGGCAGCAGAAUUUUCAGUUGUGACAGGAUUUUGUGAAAGCUUUGAUGGCCUUCUGGUCAAGAUUAGGUUGUCAGUACAGGAUUUGGACUCCUCUUGCUCUGACAAUUGACAAUCAAUAAAACGUGUACAAUGUCCCAAUACCUGAACUGGAGUGAGCUCAACAAUAGGUCUGUCUUGAGAUACUUUGAUCCUUCCCUGGUCAGCAGUUGACAAUCACCUGGAUCAUGGACAUAGUCCAAUACCUGGCUGAACAGAUCAGGAUGUUUGUCCCGACAUCUUCUGGCCCCGUCUUGCCCUGAGUAGCUGAUGAUUGUCGGAACAUGCACAGAUACCAGGCAGCCCACAUGUCAGAUGAUGCUUAGCCAUGUACUGCGUCCACUGCAUCCAUCCACUGGAUCCAUUCACUAGGUCCAUCAACCAGAUCAAUCCGCGAGACCCUUUCAAUUGGGGCUUCAUUGUCUAACAGUUGUAACCAGAAUAGCAUCCUCAUUUGUGAUUCUCAAGGCUUGAACAGGAACGAUCACCAGAGGUGGAUCUGUGAUUUGAAGGGGGUCAAAGUCACAAAGAGCACAAAAACAUAUCACUGAUGGACUGAAUAAAGGAUAGUGCACACAACGCACGUACACCCACACACGUCCUGCACACCCAACACACCCUUGAUCGACAAUAAUGGGGAUGUAACUUCUGAAAUGUACUGUCAGCUAGUGGAAGACAUGAAUAUAUCAGCUGGAAUGCAAAUGGCGUUAAGGUGUUGUGUCGAAGAGAGGAAGUUCAGGCACUGAUGGAAUCUCAGCGUGUGAAACAUAAUCAACAACAUAUCAGUACAUUAAUAUCAUUGUUAAAUGUGUGUGAUAUAUAUGAUAUAAACCUUCAUUUGUAAUAGGUGUGUAAUAUAUGACAUGGUCAUGACCUUCAUUUGUAAUAUGUGUGUAAUAUAUGACACGGUCAUGACCUUCAUUUGUAAUAUGUGUGUAAUAUAUGACAUGCAUAUGACCUUCAAUUGUAAUGUGUGUAUAAUAUAGGACAUGCAUAUGACCUCCAAUUGUAAUAUGUGUGUAAUAUAUGACACGGUCAUGACCUUCAUUUGUAAUAUGUGUGUAAUAUAUGACACGCAUAUGACCUUCAUUUGUAAUAUGUGUGUAAUAAAUGACACGCAUAUGACCUUCAAUUGUAAUAUGUGUGUAAUAUAUGACAUGCAUAUGACCUUCAUUUGUAAUAUGUGUGUAAUAUAUGACCCGCAUAUGACCUUCAUUUGUAAUAUGUGUGUAAAAUAUGACCCGCAUAUGACCUUCAUUUGUAAUAUGUGUGUAAUAUAUGACAUGCAUAUGACCUUCAUUUGUAAUAUGUGUGUAAUAUAUGACAUGCAUAUGACCUUCAUUUGUAAUAUGUGUGUAAUAUAUGACACGCAUAUGACCUUCAUUUGUAAUAUGUGUGUAAUAUAUGACACGGAUGUGACCUUCAUUAGAUACAUGUGUGUAAUAUAUGACACGGAUAUGACCUUCAUUUGUAAUAUGUGUGUAAUAUAUGACACGGUCAUGACCUUCAUUUGUAAUAUGUGUGUAAUAUAUGACAUGCAUAUGACCUUCAUUUGUAAUAUGUGUGUAAUAUAUGACACGCAUAUGACCUUCAAUUGUAAUAUGUGUGUAAUAUAUGACACGGAUGUGACCUUCAUUAGAUACAUGUGUGUAAUAUAUGACACGGAUAUGACCUUGAAUUAUAAUAUGUGUGUAAUAUAUGACACGCAUGACCUUCAAUUGUAAUAUAUGUGUAAUAUAUGACACGCAUAUGACCUUCAUUUGUAAUAUGUGUGUAAUAUAUGACACACAUAUGACCUUCAAUUGUAAUAUGUGUGUAAUAUAUGACAUGGAUGUGCCCUUCAUUAGAUAUAUGUGUGUAAUAUAUGACAUGGAUGUGCCCUUCAUUAGAUAUAUGUGUGUAAUA